AUGAAGUCGAACAAGGCAACCGGUCCCGAUGACAUACCUGCUGAUAUCUGGAAGCUGCUAGGAGAUCGAGGGUCCAUGUGGCUCGCAACUCUAUUUAACAAGAUCGUUGCAGAAGGACGGACUCCAGACGUUUGGCAAACUUCCGUGACCGUGCCUGUCUGGAAAGGGAAAGGAGACAUUGCUGACUGCACCUCGUACAGGCCUAUACGACUGCUGUGCCAUACGAUGAAGGUUUUUGAGCGUGUCCUGGAAGCUCGUCUGAGGAAAAUUGUUAGCGUUUCACUCAACCAGUGCGGUUUUGUGAAGGACUGCAGCACUAUAGAUGCUAUCCAUGCUGUCCGAAUCCUCCUGGAGAAACAUCGAGAGAAGAACCGCAGUGUGCAUCUUGCUUUUCUCGAUCUCGAGAAAGCUUUCGACCGUGUCCCACAUGAGCUGUUAUGGAUGUCCAUGAGGUCGCAUAGAGUACCAGAAGAAUAUGUGCGUUGGGCAAAGCUGCUUUAUGCGAAGCCUACCAGCGUUGUCCGAUGUGCUGCUGGAACAAGCAGGCCACUCCCUGUAGAAGUAGGGGAAAUCGAGAAGCAGCACCCGUGGACUCUACUCUUUGCCGAUGAUGUCAUGCUCGCGUCGGAGUCUCGAGGUAAUCUUCAGAAACAAGUACAGUCUUGGAAGGAUCGGUUGCAGAAAUAUGGAUUGCGCCUCAACACAUCAAAAACUGAGUACAUGGAGUGCGGACCAAGGAUAGAGGAUGGUUCAAUUCGUGUCGAUGGCACCGAAUUAAACAAGGUGAACUGUUUCAAGUACCUUGGAUCCAAAGUGACUUCCACAGGCCACAUUGAUCAAGAAGGUCGAGCACGUGUUAAUGCGGCAUAG